GGACAGUAGCGCGUUAGUCCGAAAGUUACAUAUAUUUAGGAAAAUCCAUUAAUUUGGCUUGUGAGGACAUUGGCGCGUGAAUCUGUAUAUCACAUUUAUUGUAGAAAAUCCAUUAGAUUGACUUGGGAGGACACUAGCGCGCGAGUCUAAGUAUGACAUAUAUCGGAGAGAAUCAAUUAAUAGUACUUAUGAGAACAUUAGCGCGUGAGUUCGAAAAUUACAUAUAUGAGAGAAAAUCAUUUAAUUUGAGUUGUGAGGACAUUACUGUAUUGAUCUAAAUAUCACUUUUAUUAUAGAAAACCUUUUAGGUUGACUUGUAAGGACAUUAGUCCGUGAGUUUAAAUAAUAUAUAUAUGAGAGAAAAUCGAUGAAUUUGACUUGUGAGGAAGUUACUGUAUGAAUAUCACAUACGUUUGGGAAAAGCAAUUAAUUUCACUUGUAAGAAACUAGCGCGUUAGUGCAAAUAUUACGUGUAUUAUAGAAAAACGAUUGGACUGACUUAUGACGAAAUUAGCGUGUGAGUUCGAAUAUUACAUAUAUGAGAGAAAAUCAAUUAUAUUAACUUGUGAGGGCACUAGCGCGUUAGUCCGAAAAUUACAUAUCUUGCAGAAAACCAAAUACAUUGACUUGUGUGUGUGUAUUAUAGAAAAUUGAUUAAAUUGACUUAUGGGGAUAUUGGCGCGUGAGUCCGAAUAAUACAUAUAUUUCAGAAAAUCGAUUAGAUACGCAUGAUUUACGUUGAGUGAAGUACCGCACAGACAAAGAUAUGUAAAAAAUUUUACCAUAUAAUAUGGCUUUUAAGCAUUUGGGAUAUAUAAACAGCUGACCCAGCGGAGAAAGUAAAAACUAGAAUUUUCGGGGACAUUAAAGACCUCGGAUUGCUGCUUGAGAAUAGGCGGUAAAAGCGACACUAUUGGUUUCCAUUUGUAUUCUUUGUUGCCAGAAAUAAUUCUUCUGAAAAUAAUAAAAUUCUUUCAACUUCAAUGGGCUGGAAUUGUGAACCAAUCAUUUUUAUCAAAACAUGGAAACCGGGUCUCCUGAAGCCAGAGAAAAACCGGGCCAAAGCUACCGUAAAUGCUGCACUGGGAAUCAGACAAAAUGGCGGUCGCCAGGAAUACUCGAUCGAAACAGCAGUUUCUAUCACCUCAAGCAACAGAAGUGACCCAUGUCAUAUAACAAAAAGAUAUAUUGAUGAAUACAAAGGUUGGGGAGUCUUUGCAACCUCCAUUAUCCCUAAAGGUUCAUUUAUUCUGAAUUAUCAGGGUACCUUAAUCAAAUCAAAAGAAGUAAAACUUCAGCUUGAAAAACUCUAUAAUGACAGCAAUAUGGGUUCCUACAUCUAUGAAUUUAAACACAGAGAAAAAAGCAUGUGGAUAGAUGCUACUACAAUAAAAAACUCUCUUGGCAGACUGGUAAACGACUCAAGAUACUUUCCUAACUCUGCAAUGAAAAAAAUUGUGUCUUACAAUGAACCGCAUUUAUGUUUAUUUGCUCUUCGUGAUAUCAAUCCUGGUGAAGAAAUUUUGUAUUUUUAUGGAGAGUUGGAAAUGCCAUGGUAUAAGGAGGAGCGGAAAGUGGUGAGGAAUAAAGAAUCCAAAAAAAUUCAAUCAGAAAUUCUACCAAUGGAAGAAUCAAGUAAGGAUGACCAUGACAAGGAGGUAUGUGUUUGAAAAUAUAGGGUAUUUAUUAUUAACGGAGAAAAAAAUGUCACUUGAGGGAUGCACCUGAAAAAAAG